UUAGUUUAUUUUCUGCAGAAAAAGAACUGGGCUUCCGGUUCUGCAGAAUGGCUUCCUGUUUUGUUAGAAUGUUUUCAUUUUACAAAGUGUGUUUACAGCAAGCAAGGAGCUGUUCAACGCGUGCUAGUACAGGUUUACCAUCAUUUGUAAAAAUCGUAGAAGUGGGACCCAGAGAUGGACUUCAGAAUGAAAAGAUGUUUGUGCCAACAGAAACCAAAGUGGAAUUUAUCAAUAAGCUGUCUGAUGCAGGACUGUCAGUCAUUGAAGUUACAAGUUUUGUGUCUCCAAAAUGGGUCCCACAGAUGGCAGACAAUGCAGAAGUUCUGAAAUUGAUCAAGAGGAGAGAUGGAGUCACUUAUGCAGCUCUCACUCCAAAUCUGAAAGGCCUCAAAGAUGCUAUUUCUUGUGGUGUUAAUGAAGUUGCAAUUUUUGGAGCCGCAUCUGAAACAUUUAGCAAGAAAAAUAUAAAUUGCAGUAUAUCAGAGAGUUUACAGAGAUUUGAAGAAGUUGUCAAAUUAGCUAAGGAAAUUAAACUGCCUGUUAGAGGGUAUGUCUCGUGUGUUCUUGGAUGUCCUUAUGAAAAAAUUGUCUCACCAGAGAAGGUUGCACAGGUUGCCAAGCAGAUGUUUGAGAUGGGCUGCUAUGAAAUAUCCCUUGGUGACACCAUUGGUGUAGGAACUCCAGGAGCUAUGAAACAGCUGAUUGACGUUGUAACGAAACAUGUCCCAAUUGAAAAAGUGGCUGUUCAUUGUCAUGACACCUAUGGACAGGCUCUGGCUAAUAUCCUGGCAGCAUUACAGAUGGGCGUGUCUGUCGUUGAUAGUUCUACCGCGGGUCUUGGGGGUUGUCCAUAUGCCAAGGGAGCCAGUGGCAAUGUGGCAACAGAAGAUGUACUGUACAUGCUGGAUGGGCUUGGAAUUAAAACAGGAGUUGAUCUGCAGAAGACAGUGGAAGCUGGUCGAUUUAUUUCACAAGCAUUAGGACGAAGUACACACUCUAAAGUGGGACAAGCCAUGAAAUCUUCAUUAUAACAAGAAUUCCUGAUAGAUAUACAUGUACAUGAUGACAUUGAUAUGAAUUGAACAGCCCAAUCUCAACAGUGUCACAAAAAGAGUACAUAUCUUUUUGUAUAUGGCUGAAAGAAUUUCUUACAUUAAAUCUCUAGUUAAGAGAUACUGGAUACAAGUUCCUGUAAUGUAUACGUAAACUCUGAGAGUCAGUAGUUUGUAUGUUAGAUAUAGAGUGUACAAGUCAUGUGUAUAAAUCUUACAGAUAUAUGAGUGUUGUUUAGGGUGUAAACUAUGGACAUGCAUCUAUAAAUAUAUCAUAUUACAUAUUAUGUUCAUGGUAGACCUGCUGAUUUGUAUUACAUUCAUCAUGUUUCAUGUGAGAUGUUAAAAGUGCUAGUUUGUUGAAUAUCAGUUAUCUCCCUUACUGUCAAUAAACAUUAUUGUUUUGUAGAUGUCUUUUUUACAGAACUUUCUGAUGAUAUUUAGAUACUGUAUUUUAUUUGUAUAUAUUCAUUCUGCUAUGAUGUGAGAUAUUUGUUGAUGUGUCAUAUUUGUUGAUGAUUCACAGUAUUAAAUUUGUUUUUCAAAG